AUGGAUCUGCCACCGCCAAUACCUCAGGCUAUUGACUGGAGCACUGUCUUCGGAACUCCAACCAACUUCCCAGACACUCAAAUCAUCAAUAAUCGCAUAGAGGCGAACCGUUAUUAUUUCAUUCGCACAGUCGUUGCAGGCAUUGGUGCCAGUGCUGAACACCUUGCGAAAUUGGACAGAAUCGUUGUACUCAACCUUGCGCUCGCUCAUCUUGGAAAGAAGCCACUGUGUCACGCGGAUCUCGUCGUCAUGUGGAAUACUGCAAUGGAGAUCAAAAAGCUUGAAGCCGAGCUGAAAGCUGCGGGAGAGGAAGCGCUAAAGUGA